AUGGCUGGAUGGGCAGGGGCAGAGCAGGGCCCAGCUGGAGCUGCUCUGUGCCUGCAGGGGCAGCUGGAGGACAGGACCCAGGAGAUGCAGCAGCCUGGAGACGCACAGCAGGAGAUGGGGGAACUGCCGGGCUCCAGGACAGACUUCCCAGCCAGGACGGUUCUGAGUGAAGAGGAAAAACUGAAGAUUUCCAAAGACCUGGUGGAUCUGCAGAUCGAGACAAACAGGAUGAAGGAGCGCUAUGAGACAGAGAACUUCCAGCUGAAAACCACGAUGCAGGCGCUGGAGAGGCGGGUGCGGGAGCUGGAGCAGGGCAGGGCCGGGCUCCGGCAGGAGCGGGAUUCGCUGCGGGAGGAGCGGGAUUCGCUGCGGGAGCGCCUGCACAGCCUGGAGAGCAGCCGGCAGGAGCUGGGGGAGGAGUUCAUCAUCCUCAAGAGCAAUUACCUGGCCCUGGGCAGAGAGCUGGACAAGGAGGUGAUGAGGAAUGAGGAGCUGACCCAGCAGCUGCUCAGCCUGGCCAAGGAGAGCAGCUUCCCCCCUGGCCUGGCCCAUCCAUCCUCCCCGGGGCUGGGAAGAGCGAGAGCAGCAGGACAGCCCCGCUCUGCUCGCAGGGGGAAGCCCGAGGAUGCAGCUGCCUCGGAACACGAGCAGCAGGAGCUGGAAAGAAACUUGCUUGGAAACCAGGAUCACAUAAAAGCAGAGCUGGAAAAACUGAAGAAAAGGCACGAGGAGCAGCAGCAGAAGCUGGAGGAGCGAGUGCUGGCGCUGGGGCAGGAGCUGCAGGAGGCGAAGGGAGCGGCGGGGGCGGUGCGGGCGGAGCACUCAGCGGUGCUGCUCUCGUCCCGGCUGCAGGAGCUGGAGGCCGAGAACGCGCGGCUGCAGCUGCAGCUGAAGGAGCUGAACGAGGAGUAUCGGUGCCGGCUGGCACAGUGCCUCGGGGACCUGGCAAACUACAUGGACAGCAAACCCAGCAGCGUGCCAGGACACAGCAAAGCCCCAGCUGGCCACGCUGCCAUGCAGAACUUUGUGGACAGCAUGCUCAGGGACAUCCAGGCCUCCUACAGACGCCGGGAGGAGCAGCUGGCCCGGGCAGCCCGGGGCUACAGGAAACGCCUGAAGGAGCUGGCCAAGAAGCACGAGAACCUGCUCAUUGCCUAUGGGCUGCAGCGGGAGCAGAUCCGGACCCUGGGCAGCAGUGCCAUGGACUGUGGCCCUGCCGAGCUCCACCUGUCCAUCACAGACCCUGAGCUGCUGACAAACAGCUCCCGGGAGCUGAACCGCCUGCGCGAGCAGAAGGCAAAGCUGGAGGUGCAGCUGCAGGAGCUGCAGCAGAAAAGCCUGAAAGGAGCCGCUGCCCUCCCAGCGCCCCCGGAGCAGCAGCUGGAUGAGGAGGGCUGGGCAGAGGUGAAGAGGAAGCUCCGGGAAUUCACACUCAACACCCAGGAGGAGCUGGAGCAGCAGAGGAGCCAGCUGCUGACCCGGGCUGUGGUGGCAGAGGAGCAGGUGUUGGAGCUGCAGGGCUACAUCGACCAGCACCUCACCAGGUACAAGCAGGAGAUCCUGCGCCUGAGGAAGGCUGAGGGCAGCCAGGUGCCCCCAGUGCCCCGUGCCAGCAGUGCCAGCCAGGAGCCAGAGCAGCCCCAGCCUUGGGAACACCCCACUGCAAGGGAGGGCCAAACUGAUCCUGCAUGGAGGUGA